UUUAGAUAUGGAUUUUAUUUUUUCUGUUUAAAAAAAAGAGAUUUUUUUUCUAAAUAUAUUUUGAAAAAGAAAAUAUUUUUAAAACAAGACGCUAGCGACCUUCUUCAUUCCGAUUAUGAUGUCUCAUUGAAAUUAUAGGCAAACUAAAAAUUCGCUUGUCUCACAAAUAUAUUUUCGACGAAAAAAAUUAAUUAGCAGAAAAAAAUAAUGAAUACAAUUUUUGAUCCAAAAUACCCUAUCGAUUAUAACCACGUAAACAGCAUUAACAUCCUCGGCGAUUAUGACUCCAAUUCCUUUUAUCCUAGAUUAGGGAAUUGCAUGAUGACAUGGAAUUCUAUGUCGAAUAAUUCACAGAGGCAUGGAAACAUAGGACAGCAUCAUUGUUCUGUAGUUCCUAGUAAGGGAUUUAAUUAUAAUGAUUCGCUGGCCAUUUAUUAUAACUAUUAUCGAAAUUAUUUCAAAAAACAUUUAAUCAAUAGUAAUAAUAAUACAAAUAGCAACAUUCACAUCCGUCAUUACGAUAGUAUAAGUAAGUCAUCGGAAGAGAUAAACAGUUAUCAACCUAGCUCCUUUGAAGGAAGGUUUAUACGUACGAAUAAUAAGAAAAUAAAUUUGUCGACAGCUCAGCCUACGAAACCACAGUUGAAGGAAUUGACUUGGGUAUGUAAUCAUAAAGGAAAUGUCCAAAAUUUUGGAAACAACGUUAAUAAUAAGGACAAUACCGUUUCGCUACAAACUACCCAAAAAAUCGUUAAGGAAAAAAGGAAAUAUAAAAUUAAAUCAAAAUUAUCUAAUAAAGUUAUGUAUAAUCCUAAAUCGGUAGUAGUGAGUAACAAUAAUGGUAAUAAUGCUAAUGGUAUAAAAACAGAAAAAAUAACAAAUGAAAAACGUGAUAAACCAAAGUUUUAUAUCGAAUCCUUGUUAGGUAUCAACAUAUCUAACAAUCAACCCUGUGCCAUUCCUACGCCGCCUAUGCUAUCUCCCCACCCCUUAGCCAGAUCGAAUUCGAGAGAAAUUACAAAAUCAUCUAAUAUUAAACAAAUAAAUCCCGAUAUCGAUAUAAAUAAGGUCAAUUUUAAAAUGCUAUUACCAGCCGACAAAUUAACGCAAUACGAAUUUUCAAUGGAUGACAAUGAUAAUAGCGCGUCUUCUUUUAGUUCUAUCGAUAAAAAUAAAUUUAGCUCAACCAUGAACCUAAUGAGGUCUAAAAUAAUAAUCCAGGAUAAAUCACAUAACUGUUCUUACAAAAUCAAGAAAGGUGCCAAAGAACUGGGUCAGAAUUCGGAAAAGAUGUCAUUCAAAACGAAAUGUAAAUCACAAAAUAAACAUUUGUGCAUAUUUUGUGGCAAAUAUUAUUCCAGGAGAUACGGUCUGAAAAUUCAUUUAAGAACCCACACCGGUUACAAACCUUUGAGGUGCAAAUACUGCGAACGAAGUUUUGGGGAUCCUAGCAAUCUCAACAAACACAUACGUUUACACAACAAUAUCAACGGUAAUGGAAAAUGAUUGGUUCAUUAAAUAUUCCGAUAAUUUGCAUAAUAUAUCGUCUAAAAAAAUUCUGCAUCAAACUCAAUAUAUUUAUUUAUUAUAAACUAUUUAUAUCAAUUCGCAUACU